GUACCGCCUUCUCCCCGUACCGGGAACUUCCGGUACCGGGCACCCCCUCCGGUGCAGCCGCCGUUCGUGCCCCGCCGCAGCCGGCAGGGCGAGAGCUGGGAGCCCUGCGAAGCCGCCGCCGUGCCCCUGCUGCCGCCCAACGACAGCUGCUGGAUGCCGCCUCUGGUCCCCCGGGACAUCCUGUACCGCGGUGUCCUGCGCAGGAAGCUGCAGGCGGGGAGGUCUGGAGACGCGCUGGACUUCACCAAGCAGCUGGGCCACUUCUUUGUGGAUCACCCGGAGGACGCCUUCGGCUCCCUGGGGCAGCUGCUGCACAAGAACUUCCACCUGGGUGACUCCAAGCUGAGGAGACACUCUCGGGACACCACCAUCCGCAUGACAGCCCUGGUGGAGGAGCUCAACCGGCUGGAGGCCAGGCGCGGCUGCCCGCGGCGUCACUUCGUCCCCCGCCUGCGCUGGUUCUCCCACCUGUGCCGCGACUGGCUCUUCGAGGUGCCGCUGGGGCUGCUGGCCGACUGCGUGCACGAGGAGCUGCUGCUGCAGUGGGCCGGCCUGCUCUUCGACGACAGCUCCACUGGGGGGGCGCUGGCCUGGCUGCCCCCCCAGGAGGCGAGCGGGGCGCGCGGGGCCUGGUCUACCCCUGGCGGGGUGGCCAUGAACCACCUCUAUUUCCAGGACGUGGUGCUGGAGGAGCAGCCCCGUGCCCGAGGCGCGCCAGCGCAGUUUGAGCUCAACGGGUGCAUCCGGCAAGUGGGUGCCGCACGGGUGGAUGGGGAAGAUUUUGUGGGCGUCCGCUCCGACUACCACUGCGGAGUUUGGAGGGUGCCGGGCAGGGCAGGCGCUGCCCCCAGCCCGCUGCAGGUCAUCCGCACCAACGUGCCGGCCUCCUGCCUCACCGUCAGCCCACACCUCCCCGGGGAGCUGUCCGUCUGCACCCAGAGCGGAGCCGUCUACCUCUGGAGCGUCGAGACGGGGCUGCAGCGGCUCCGCCACGACCCCCAGACCCUGUUUUUCCGGGACCACUCGCCCUGGCGCUGGAGCGACUUCACCGCCCACCCGCGGGUGCUGAGCUGCGCCGACCGCACCGGCAUCCAGUGCCUGGACGCCCGGGCCCCCGCCAGCUGCCACUUCGACUUCUUCAAGGUGGGCGAGGAAGCUGGAUGCCAGCAGGGCGAGCGCGUGGUGCUGCCCAUGUACCUGGGCAGGGCUCACCCCUGCCAGCACCUCGUCGCCACCCAGUUCGCCCUGUACCUGAUGGACGAGCGCCUGCCGCUGGUGCCCGUGCUGAAGUGGGCGCACAUGAUGAAGGCCCCCCCUCUUUUCGCCCACGUGGCGCCGGGGGGGCCCGGCAGGAGCCAUAAGGUGCUGCUGGGCGCCUCCCGCACGCAGGAGCUGCUGCUGCUGCAGUACACGGGUGAGAGAGCGGCACGGGGGGGCGGCCAGUCGGCCUGCCAGCUGGUGGGGCCGCCGCAGAGGCUGCACGGCAUCGCCGGCUGCCUGCCUCACCUCCCCGCACAGCUCCCACACCGGCACUACCUGCUGCAGCAGCGCCUCGGUGCCCCCGCCGCCGGGCUGGCCGCCGUGCAGCACCAGCAGGGCCGGCAGGAGGCCCUGGUGGUCUUCCAGCUCUCCGAGGCCGGGGACGUCUUCUACCAGGCGCUGAGGCACGAGGCGGCGCCAGCACCCGCUCCCCGCCAGGAGGAAGAGGAGGCGACGGCGGCCCCGGGCUCUUCCCCGCUGUUUGGCAGCGAGGAGGAGGCGCAGGAGCAGGACGAAAGAGAGCAGACCUUCUACCUGUCCAACCUGGAGGUGAUAAUCAACGACGAGGAGGAAGAGGAGGAGGAGGCGGGCACGCCGGCGGCCACGGAGGAAGCCGAGCACCCCGUGGAGCCCCGCGCCAGCCCCCAGCCCCCCCCAGCCGCGCCCAGCCUGGCCGCUGCCCUGCGGUACCGCCGCUGGCUGCGGGCCCUGCUGCGGGUUUGGCGGGGCUCCCCACGGCACGCCUGCCCCCCGGGACCCCCCACCAUCAGCAAGCGGCGCCUCUUCACCCGCAAGGAGCUGGCGGCGCCGGCGGAGCCCAGCGCCCUGCACCGCCGGCUGCGGCAGCGGCUGCGCCAGGCCAUGCGCCUCGGGGAGCGCAUCCAGCCCUGGGACACGGCCCCCGAGCCCCCUGGCCCCCCGCCGCCACCGCCCCCCGUGCCCGACGCCCUGAGCGCCCGGCUGACGGCGGCCUGGGGCGAGUGGGGGUCCGGGGGCGCGGGCAGCAGCCUGGCGCAGAGGCGGCGGGCGCUGCGGGAGCGGCGGCGGCGGCAGAAGGCGGCGCGGGCUCACCGCAGCCUCUCGGCCAGCUUCACCUCCUCCGUCACCUACCAGUCCGAGCUGUCCGAGCUCAGCGACGUGGGACCCCCGCGCUCACCCCCACCGGCCACCCCCCAGGAGGUGGUGGGGGGCUCCCCUCCGGCCGCCCCCUCCCCGCCGGCCCCCGUGGAGCCCAUGCUGUCCUCGCAGGAGCUGCGCGCCCGGGGGAUCCCCAAGGAGCGGCGGCGCACGCUGCGGGACUACCUGUCGGUGUGGGCGGAGGGGUCCCAGGACCCCCCCGAGCCCCCCAGCACCCCGGGGGCGCCGCUCUGCAUCCCCUCCUCCCAGAGCCAGCUCUCCUCCGCCUCGCAGCCCCCCCGCCGCAAGCGCCCGCGCAUGGGCUUCUGA